AUGGAUGAGUUUGCGCACUCGGCUGAAAGUGUGAUUCGGUACAUGCCAGAUCAGCAGUCUACUUGGGACGAGCAGCCAGAAUGGGGGGAGCCAUAUGGCUCUUUCGCACUUUACACUUCUCAAAGCCAGAAAAAUCAGCUUGGCCAGCUUUCCGACAUCAUGCAGCGCGUGUACGCUACGGAGGAAGACAAACCUCCAUUCACUUAUCGUGUCCACUCAUCUGUGGAAGACUAUCUGGAGGAUGGGGGUGAAAUGCGUGGGCCGGAAGAUCGACCGAGUCUCUGGGAUCACUAUAAAGAAAGGCUGGAGAGGGAGUUUGAUAGUUCGAGAUACCUGGACAAAUUGUGCGAAGAAUCGCCGGGUACGGUCAAGAUUGUUUUCACCACCAGGCUGACGAGAACCGUCCCUUCUUCCUCUUCUGGUGGGGAUGACCCGAGGACGUCGGGCUGGAAGGUGCUAGAUCCCGAAUUCAGUGUCUCGCGCAAAGUCAUGGAUGACUGUCCUAGAGCAAUCCGGGAAGAUAAAGAGGCGCCAGCAGUGUACAAGCGAUCAAUCUACAGACAGAUCGAAUCUUUGGUCCACAACCACAACAGUGGAAGCUACUUCGAGCUAGGCGACGAUACAACGGUGAAGGAAUUUUAA